AAAACAACAAAACCAAAAAAGAACAAGAAACGAAGGAAAAGAAGUUCAAAGUCUCGAUAAAUUAGUAGAACGUUAUUCUUUCUCUGAGGAAUACUAGUGGUUUCAUUCUUUCAAAAUGUCGGCACCCGUAAUGGUAAUGAAUGCGCCCUCGGCUCAACGUCAAAGUGGUCGAAAAGCUCAAAUUUCUAAUAUCACUGCCGCAAAAACUGUGGCAGAUGUGAUCAGGACAUGUUUAGGUCCAAAGGCGAUGUUAAAAAUGAUUCUCGAUCCUAUGGGUGGUAUCUUGUUGACUAACGAUGGAAACGCAAUCCUACGUGAAAUCGAGGUUGCCCAUCCAGCAGCUAAAUCUAUGAUUGAGCUGAGUCGUACACAAGAUGAAGAAUGUGGUGAUGGGACAACUUCGAUCAUCAUUCUUGCUGGCGAAAUCUUGGCAUCUGCUUUACCUCAUCUAGAACGUAACAUCCAUCCUGUGGUCAUCAUUCGAGCAUUCAAACGUGCAUUGGCUGAGGCUUUGAAAAUCAUUGACAAGAUUUCGAUCACAGUUGAUCUUAACAAUGAAGAGGAAAUGCUCAAGCUUAUCAAAACUUCAAUUGGUACGAAGUUUAGUAGUCGAUGGAGUGGUUUGAUGUGUAAAUUAGCACUUCAAGCUGUUAGAACUGUUAGCACAGAAGAAAAUGGACGUAAAGAAGUUGAUAUCAAACGAUAUGCCCGAGUUGAAAAAGUACCAGGUGGAGAGAUUGAAGAUAGUAGAGUAUUAGACGGUGUGAUGGUCAAUAAAGAUGUCACACAUGCUAAGAUGCGUAGACGAAUUGAAAACCCUAGAAUCAUCUUACUCGAUUGUCCAUUAGAAUACAAAAAAGGAGAAAGUCAAACAAACAUCGAAUUGGAAAAAGAAGGACAAUAUGAACGAUUUUUGGAUAUUGAAGAAGAACAAGUUAAAGCGAUGUGUGAUAAGAUUAUCGAAUUUAAACCCGAUCUUGUGUUCUGCGAAAAGGGUGUCUCAGAUUACGCUCAGUAUUGGUUUCAAAAGGCGGAUAUCUCUGCUAUCCGUCGUGUUCGUAAAUCAGACAAUAACCGGAUAGCACGAGCAACAGGUGCCACAAUCGUUAACCGUGUCGAAGAUCUACGUGACAGUGAUGUAGGUACCCAAUGUGGUCUAUUCCACGUUGAAAAACUUGGUGAUGACUAUUUUACCUUCUUGACUAAAUGUCAAGAUCCAAAGGCGUGUACUAUUCUUUUACGAGGUCCAUCCAAAGAUAUCCUCCAUGAGAUCGACCGAAAUUUAGCAGAUGCAAUGGCUGUUGCUCGUAAUGUGGUUUUUGACCCACGUCUCGCUCCUGGUGGUGGUGCUACUGAAAUGGCUAUUUCAGUUGGCCUAUCAGAUAAAGCUAAGACUAUUGAAGGUGUCGAAGGUUGGCCUUUCAGAACGGUCGGGGAGGCAAUGGAAGUGAUCCCAAGAACCUUGAUUCAAAACUGUGGUGGUAAUACGAUUCGACUCUUGGCGAAACUUAGAGCCAAGCAUGCCGCCGGUGAACACGAGUUCGGGAUUGACGGUGAUACAGGUGUAAUCACUGAUAUGAACACGAUCGGGCUCUAUGAAUCAGCUGCUGUCAAGAUUCAAAUCAUGAAGACUGCUAUUGAAUCGGCUUGCUUGUUACUUCGAGUGGAUGAUAUUGUUUCUGCCAAACGACCAAGACAGGAAGGUGGCGGUGGACCACAAACGAUGCCAACGGGUGGUGGUGGAGAAGGUGGAGAAGGUCCCGAACAGUAAAAAAGGUUGUUAUAUGCCUUUGGUCAAUCUAUUAAACUUAAAGCCAUCCUGCUCAGAUAUAUUCCAUAUAUAAUCAAAAAACAUCGUGCACUUGCUUGGUCUUUAUAUACUUUGCGCUUUUCUUUGUUGAAAGUACUACAUGUUGGUUCAUGACUAGAGCCUACAAACCU